AUGCCAGCAACGUGCCCGUUUCUGCUCCAUCCAUUCAGCCUCCUGCUCCUGCUGGGGCCGCAUCUCUUUGUGGGAUCUUUCUCCCUCGGCUCCCCCUCCUCUGCUUCGCCCACCGGUCGCUCCUCGUUAGCUACUGCGGGGCCUCGGGGAGUCGCGUCGAUCCAGGGGGGGUCCACUUUUCUUGCGGCUUCCUCGCUACUUCCUAGGGAGAAAGGAAGCCCACAGCCUUCCGCGGCAUCUGUCAGCGUUUGGGAUCCGGCAACAGAGCGAGACAGCAGCAGCGACAGCCCGGCCAUUAUGACCAGACAAAAGGAUGCAGAAAGUCCAAACACAAAAGCAAAGAUUUCCAGUUCUUAUAUACACAGUCUAGAUCCUGUCAGUACAUCUGGAAGUGAUAAAAUAAGGACGUUGUGGACCAACUUAACUUCUGCAUCUGCAUCUGUAACAGGAAGUGCCACAUCUUAUACCAAAAUAAUCAGAUCUGUGAAUGUAGUACAGCACUUGUCUCAAAUGAUACAGACCAAGAGAGCAAGUGCCUCACCAAAUAUGGUGGGUAUUGCUGAAUCAGAAUCAGUGACUUUGAGGAAGUAUUUUCCCAAGACACCAAAUUCUUCAUUUCUGGAGAAAAAGCAUUCAGAUACUGAUCAGCUAGUGUCCAGCACAGAGAGAAGAAUUUCCAAUUCUGAUAUGGAGAAUAUGACAAUUCUGAGCAUAUCUAAUAGAGGUGAGGAAAAGAUACUACGAACUCUCAGAGGCAGCAGCAGUUCUCAAAGUCCACGUUCUGUAUCCACAAUCUCUAACCUUGAAAUGUCCAGCAAUGGGGAGAAGAUAUUACGAACUCUCAGAGGCAGUAGAAGUUCUCAAGAUCCACGUUCUGUAUCCACAAUCUCUAACCUUGAAAUGUCCAGCAAUGGGGAGAAGAUAUUACGAACUCUCAGAGGCAGUAGCAGUUCUCAAAGUCCACGUUCUGUAUCUUCAGUCUCUAGCCUUGAAAUGUCCAGCAAUGGGGAGGAGAAAUUACGAACUCGCAGAGGCAGUAGAAGUUCUCAAGAUCCACGUUCUGUAUCCACAAUCUCUAGCCUUGAAAUGUCCAGCAAUGGGGAGAAGAUAUUACGAACUCUCAGAGGCAGUAGAAGUUCUCAAGAUCCACGUUCUGUAUCCACAAUCUCUAACCUUGAAAUGUCCAGCAAUGGGGAGAAGAUAUUACGAACUCUCAGAGGCAGUAGCAGUUCUCAAAGUCCACGUUCUGUAUCUUCAGUCUCUAGCCUUGAAAUGUCCAGCAAUGGGGAGGAGAAAUUACGAACUCGCAGAGGCAGUAGAAGUUCUCAAGAUCCACGUUCUGUAUCCACAAUCUCUAGCCUUGAAAUGUCCAGCAAUGGGGAGAAGAUAUUACGAACUCUCAGAGGCAGUAGCAGUUCUCAAAGUCCACGUUCUGUAUCUUCAGUCUCUAGCCUUGAAAUGUCCAGCAAUGGGGAGGAGAAAUUACGAACUCGCAGAGACAGCAGCAGUUCUCAAGAUCCACGUUCUGUAUCCACAAUCUCUAGCCUUGAAAUGUCCAGCAAUGGGGAGGAGAAAUUACGAACUCGCAGAGGCAGCAGCAGUUCUCAAGAUCCACGUUCUGUAUCCACAAUCUCUAACCUUGAAAUGUCCAGCAAUGGGGAGGAGAAAUUACGAACUCUCAGAGGCAGUAGCAGUUCUCAAAGUCCACGUUCUGUAUCUUCAGUCUCUAGCCUUGAAAUGUCCAGCAAUGGGGAGGAGAAAUUACGAACUCGCAGAGACAGCAGCAGUUCUCAAGAUCCACGUUCUGUAUCCACAAUCUCUAGCCUUGAAAUGUCCAGCAAUGGGGAGGAGAAAUUACGAACUCUCAGAGGCAGUAGAAGUUCUCAAGAUCCACGUUCUGUAUCCACAAUCUCUAACCUUGAAAUGUCCAGCAAUGGGGAGGAGAAAUUACGAACUCGCAGAGGCAGCAGCAGUUCUCAAGAUCCACGUUCUGUAUCCACAAUCUCUAGCCUUGAAAUGUCCAGCAAUGGGGAGGAGAAAUUACGAACUCUCAGAGACAGCAGCAGUUCUCAAGAUCCCCAUUCUGCACUUGGAGUCUCCAAAAUGUCCAGCAAUGGGGAGAAGAUAUUACGAACUCUCAGAGGCAGUAGCAGUUCUCAAAGUCCACGUUCUGUAUCUUCAGUCUCUAGCCUUGAAAUGUCCAGCAAUGGGGAGGAGAAAUUACGAACUCUCAGAGGCAGUAGAAGUUCUCAAGAUCCACGUUCUGUAUCCACAAUCUCUAACCUUGAAAUGUCCAGCAAUGGGGAGGAGAAAUUACGAACUCGCAGAGGCAGCAGCAGUUCUCAAGAUCCACGUUCUGUAUCCACAAUCUCUAGCCUUGAAAUGUCCAGCAAUAGGGAGGAGAAAUUACGAACUCGCAGAGGCAGCAGCAGUUCUCAAGAUCCACGUUCUGUAUCCACAAUCUCUAACCUUGAAAUGUCCAGCAAUGGGGAGGAGAAGUUACAAACUCGCAGAGGCAGCAGCAGUUCUCAAGAUCCACGUUCUGUAUCCACAAUCUCUAACCUUGAAAUGUCCAGCAAUGGGGAGGAGAAAUUACAAACUCUCAGAGACAGCAGCAGUUCUCAAGAUCCACAUUCUGUAUCCACAAUCUCUAGCCUUGAAAUGUCCAGCAAUGGGGAGGAGAAAUUACGAACUCUCAGAGGCAGUAGAAGUUCUCAAGAUCCACGUUCUGUAUCCACAGUCUCUAUCCUUGAAAUUCCCAGCAACAGAGAGGAGAAAUUACGAACUCUCAGAGACAGCAGCAGUUCUCAAGAUCCCCAUUCUGCACUUGGAGUCUCCAAAAUGUCCAGCAAUGGGGAGAAGAUAUUACGAACUCUCGGAGGCAGUAGCAGUUCUCAAAGUCCACGUUCUGUAUCUUCAGUCUCUAGCCUUGAAAUGUCUAGCUCUUCAGGCCUCCGUGGUUCUUCUUACGUGGUAGUUCCUGCAGAUUCCAGACAAAUGGAUUUGUCAGCACUGGACACUGAUAAAAGUGAAGCAACAGAUACACAUUCUCAGUCUCCUUCAGCAACUACAGCUGUAGAAGGCAGAGAUUGGAAGGACAGCAGAUCAAACAGAGAGAGAAAAAUGUCCAGUUCUUACAUGGACAGUGUAUCUGUCAGAGAUGAAGAGAAGUCCCAGAAUGUGACACAAACAUUCAUCACCGCUAAUACUUUCAGUUCUUCAAAGCUUUCAGUGAGGCCAGAACAGACUGGAGAAAUGCGUUUGUCGGGCACAGACUUUGUUUUCACUGAAGAGGCAUUUAUACUUUCUCAGGCUACUACAGAACAGAAUGGUCAGCAACAGAGCAGCUCUGAGACAGAGAGCAUUGCUUCUAACUUUUAUACACAGAGCAGAUCUGACAGAAGUGGAGAGAGGAUGUUACAAACUCUACGGCACACCAGUAGUUCCCACCAUCCGCAGUCAAUAUCCACAGCUACUCACAGUGAAAUACCCAGAAGUUCAGGUCUUACUGAUUCUUCUUAUGUGUUAACUCCGGUUCAAACCAGACAAAGAGAUUUGUCACCUGGAUUCACCCAUUUCAUGGAAACAGCAAGUACACAUCCUUGGGAUUCCUCACAAACAACAGCUGCAGAAGACAGCAGUCGCCUGAGGAGCUCUUUGAUUAAAGAGAAAAUUUUCAGUUCCCAGACAGCCGGUGUGUCUGUUUCAAGUCUAUCAAAAAGAGGUGAAGAGAGUACACUACGAACUGUAAGGGAUGUCAGCAGUUCUGAAAGUGACACGCAAACGUCCACUGUUGCCAAUACUACCAUCUCCAGCAGUUCAGAUUUUGUUCAUUCUUUUCAUAUGAAAAGUCCAGGACAGACUGACCAAGAUUUGUCACCUGGGGACACUGAUUUCACUGAAGGAAUGCUUAUACUUUCCCAGGCUCCUUCAGAAACAACAGUUGAAGAAGAGAAUGGUCAGUCACACAGCAGCUCAAGUACAGGGCCCAUUUUGUCUACUUACCACCUGAACAGCUCCUCCAUUUCAUAUCUAUCUGACUUGGAUGGGGAGAGGACCGUACGAACUCUGAGAGAUGUCAGCAGUGCUCACAAUGUAACACAAGGAUCCAUAGCCUGGCACAAUAAAACCUCCAGUUCUUCAGGCCUCACUGAUUCUUCAUACCUGUUAACUCCAAUAGAAACAGAUUUAACUCCUCAGAUGACUGAUUUCACUGAAGGAACAAGUACACAUUUGCAAGCUUCUUCAGAAAAAACAGAGAGCAGUGAUCAGUCAAGCAGCAUUUCAAAUACAGAGACCAGAAUUUCCCAUUCUGAGCAGGACAGCGCAUCUAUUUCAAGUUUAUUAGACAGAGAUGAUGAGACCACACUACAAACUUUAAGAGAGGUCAAGGAUGUUCAUAAUGUAACCCAAAUAUCCAUUACUGUGAAUGCUAACAUCACCAGCUCAUUCAAUAUUGCUGAUGCUUCUUCUUAUACAAUGACUCCAAAACAUACCAGACAAAUGAAUUCAUCAUCUGGGGACCAUGAUUUCACUGAAGAAGCACUUACACAUUCUGAGGUUCCAUCAGAAACAACAGAUACCAGGAGUAGGCACCAUGCCUUGAGCAACUUCAAUAUAGAAAAGAGGGCCACUCAGACUGAGGGUAUGUUCUCUACUACUGUAGUCAAAGAUGAGACAUUUGCAUCUUUAACCAAUCAGAGCAGAUCCACAGAUGCAACAGAGCUGUCAUCGUUUGAUCUGAAAAAUACUGGUUCUUCUGUUAUAAUCCAGACCUCAUCUGCUACAUUGCAAAGUAGAAAAGAAAAUUCCCCCUCUACUGGAAUGGAUUUCACAGAAACCCUAGAACAGUCUUUACUUACUACUUCAUCAAAAGCUUCAGGUUAUUCAUCUUCUACAAAAGAUUUUUCAAGCUCUGCAAACCAUUUUCAAAAGAUUAAGGGAUCAGAUGUGGGAAGAAGAUUUUCUAUUGCUUCUACAGAUAGUGUCUAUCUAUCAACCACAUUUGUACAUGGGGCAGAAAGGACUUUAAGAUCCCUACCGGAUAUCAGCACAUCCAAUGAUGCAGAAGAUAACAACACUUACAAUUCCCAAACUUCCAAAUCUUCAGGUGGAAGCUUGACCUUGACUUCUGUGACUGAAACAGAAAAGCAUAAUAUCUCAUUAAGUGAAGGGCAAUCUACUGGGCCCUUUACUGAGUACUCACUGGAAUAUUCCUCUGUUGUUCCUACAUCCUUGUCACCAAAUGAUUCAUCAACUAAUGGAAGCAAUCAUAAUUCAACUAGUGGGCCAAGGGUUUUGCAAUCUUACACAGCCAGCAUUGACAGUUCAGCACCAUUCAGUGAAGGGGAAGAGCAAACUACACAACCUACAAUUAACACUACAGUGACUGAAGAGACUGAAAGUAUCUCGUUAUCUAUCGAAAAUUUUGACAGCUCAAGAUCAAAACCUUCCUCAUCCAAGACGUACUCUAGAAUGACAGAUUUAGCUGUAAAAGUUUUGGAUAUCUCUCCAUCUUCAACUGAGGCUUUCCAAAUUCUUAGUUCAUCAACCUAUUCUUCCUUCAAAAGUGAACUUUCAGACACUGGAACAGAUUACCAACCAAUGAGUAGUACUGACUUUGGAAAACAGACCUCUGUUUCUCAUACUGACAGCACAUACACCUUAACGACCUCUGCCAGGGGAGGAGAAAGGACACUGCUGUCUCUUCCAAACAACAGCACACCACCUGACUCCUCAGGAAGUUCCACUUACUCGGCAGAAAUAUCUAACCCUUCCAAGUCAUUUUCAAGCGAGAUGGAUUUUUCUGAAAAUUCAACAGAACCUUUGGCAGUCCAUUCCCUGAAAACAUCAGAAUAUUCUUCUACAGUGAGUGAACCACAUACAACUCAGUUUUACUCAGAAUCAGAAUCUGCUUCCACUGGCAGCUUGUCAUUUUCAUCUUCCUCUACAAUACUGUCAGAGCAGGAUUCACUUCCACCAGCUCAGCCAUCAACUUUGUUUUCCUCAGCCAAGUCCUCUGUUCCAUCCUCUUCUUCUGCUUUCCUGUUACCAUUAUCAUCAUCUCCACCAACAUCUCUAAUGACAUUUUCACCCAUGCUGUCAUCAACAGAACCACCCACAUUGCCUUUCUUUCCCUCUCUGUUGCCUUCACUUUCUUCAACACCUUCAUUGUUACAGCCUAGUGGAAGUCUUGAAACCAGUGUUUCUAUGGCUGAGCCUGAAGGAACAACUGGAGCAGAACUACACAUGACAGGAAGUUCCCAUGGUGAAUACAACCGCCAGACUACAGGGUAUCCACUGGAGAACAGCACCAUUCUGAUGGCAACUGGGACUUUUCCUCUGAAUGAAAUUUCGAAACAGCCUGCCAACCAUUCUUCUUCAGGAACCACCUCCCAAGAGGAAACAAAGGGACAGACACUUACUCUCCCAGGAAUCAGUACUGAAAAUGUACCCAUUAUGACUACCUCUCCACCAUAUUUGCAGGAAAUGACCACUGUUUCUGAGGCAGCAAAAGCAACAGUGGCUACGCUGUUGCACACAAACCCUCAAAAGGAUACUUUCCAUUCAUCAACAGUAACAGUGGGUGAAAAAAUUACAAAAAUAACACACACACCUGGAAGAUUGCCUACUUCAGCAUCAACCAUGAACUAUUUGUUCACUACAAAGGUUCAGUUGCCCUCUCCUACCAAAAUAUCUUAUUCCACUGGAAUACCCACAAAAAUGAUGGAAAAGAGCAGUACAACUACUGUGAAAACCACAGUGCCAAGGAUUGUUAUUACCUCUUCUCCCUACACCUUAACUUCUCACAAAACCUUUCAAUCUUUUCCUGCUUCCCUGGUUCCCCCCAGACCAACCACAACUGUGGGUCCAGGAAGCCCGAAAAUAUCGCCAACUCCCUAUGGAAAAGAUGUAGAUGGAUGUUUGUCUAAUCCUUGCCCAACUUUGGCCACAUGCACCAAUAUACAAGGUUCAUUCCAAUGCAUUUGUUCCUUGGGCUAUCAGAUGGGAAAAGGAAAGUGCAAUUUGGUAAGGACCUUUGUUGGCCAGUUUCCACUAACUGGAGGGACAUACUCAGAGCUACAUCAAAUUGAAGGAGUUAUCAUAAACUUGCUGAACGAAUCUCUUUCAACAUUGCCUGGUUAUUAUACUUCAACUGUUAAAGCCUUAAGGCAGGAAGGUACUGUUCAAAUAUCCAUCCUGAGCACCUUUUCCAUGGCCUCCAAUGUCACCUUUUCUGAAGUAAUCAGCACAGUGCAAAGCCAUAUCCGAGCCUGCAAAACUCCCACACAGUCCUGCCAAUUCUUCUCUAACCUGACACAGCUCUAUAGAGUUGGUGGUCUAUGUAAACAUAAAGAUCCGGAAUGUGACAAAGGGACUUCUGUGUGUGUAGACUUGGAUGGCAUUGCAGUUUGCCAGUGCAAACCUGGGUAUUUCAAAUAUAACAAACUGGAUCAUUCGUGCAGAGCAUGUGAAGAUGGGUAUAAACUUGAGAAUGACACUUGUGUGAGCUGUCCAUUUGGAUUGGGAGGAUUCAACUGUAGGAAUCCAUACCAGCUUAUCGCCAUCGUGAUUGCAGCAGCAGGAGGCGGCCUUCUGCUCAUCAUGGGAAUCGCUCUCAUAGUCACAUGCUGCCAAAAGAAUAAAAAUGAUAUAAGCAAACUCAUCUUCAAAAGUGGAGACUUUCAGAUGUCACCAUAUGCUGAAUAUCCCAAAAAUCCUCGUGUUCAAGACUGGAGCAGAGAAACCAUUGAAAUGCAAGAGAAUGGGAGUACUAAAAACCUAUUACAGAUGACGGAUGUUUACUACAUGCCAACUAAUCUAAGGAAUCCUGAACUAGAAAGAAAUGGAGUCUAUCCCCCCUACACAGGUCUUCCAGGAUCUCGACACUCCUGUAUCUACCCUGGACAAUAUAAUCCAUCCUUCAUUUGUGAUGACAGCAGAAGAAGAGAUUAUUUUUAAUGCAAGUGAAAAGGCAGCUGGAAGACAAAUGGAACCUUUGUAUGUAGUGUGUUUCCUGAGUAUGCAGUCACCAGACAACUCAAAUGUUGUCACAACUGUCUUUGGAAAGGGAUUUUGAACCUGUGGAAAACCUCAGACAGAGCUGCCCACAAGGAGCCAUCUCUAGCUAUUGCUGAACAACCAAAAGAAGGCAGGUGUGAAAAGCAAGUCCAUAUGGCUAGGUGUCAGAAAGACAAGGGAGAAGCUCAUUCUGCAUAUUUUCCUCACCACUAAUUGUGUCACAUAAAGUGAACAUAAUAAUAGAUCAUGAAAGCAAAACUAACAAACACUGUGGAUGACACGCUAAAUCUGAUGCCAUUAGGGUGUAUUGUGUUUACAGAUAGUAUCUAGUGCGCUAGGUUGAUAUUGCCCACUUUUUAUGCAAAGCUGGCUUGAAUGAAUGUUAUAGAAAGAGACCUUCCUCUAUUGUCAAGUGUCUACUAGGAGGUACUCACAGCAUGUUGCUCACCAAGUGGUGGAGAUGGGUACGUGAACAUGGCCUAGAAAUAUGGGAUCCUCAUGCAGAAUCCAAGGUGGGGCUUUAUCCCUUUCCAGAAAUAAAAAAUUCCCCCAUGAUCUGUCCUAUAAUUUGGUUAUUGCCCUUAGCCGUUUUUCCCUAUGCACUGCGGGCCAGUUACAAACAGUUAUAUCCUUGCAUAGUUAUGUUCUGUGGAUUUUUUUCACACCUGCAGAAUUGCUCCUACAUCAUUUCACAAUAUAAAGAUUGUGGUAAUGCGUAAAAUGUACAAUCAGGAAAUAAUGCAAGAUAGCUUAAUGUCAUAUAUUACUUAAUGUAAUUGCUCAUAGAUUUCUUUAUAACAUUUCCUGAUUUAAAAAAAAAAAACCCUUCGGGGAACUUUGAUAUCUGUUCUAAACACGUGCUAUUCUGAAAAGAGAUCUUUGUCAAGGUGUGGCAAGUUGUCAGGAAUGGUUCAGUGAAAUUUGAGCUUGACCAUGAAUGACCAUGAAUGGUGAGAAACUGGAUGUGCAGAUAUACAUUUGCAUUAGAACAGUACAGAACGUCAGCAAAUUGAACCGAGGACCGUGUGAUCAAUGCAACUUUGGUUCCUCAGAGGCACAGUGGAGCAAACUGUGCUUACCUUGUACAGUAGUUCCCUAUCUGAAACACUGCACAAAAAAGUACUCGAAGAUAUCCUCCAUGGUCAUACCUAACUGUAAUCAGAGGAGUAGACAAUUAAGCACUGUUGACAUUUUGGGAGCAUACUAUGAACACUCAUGAAAUAGCAAGCGGCUAGUCAGAAAAUACUUAUUUAGACAAAAGACCAGUGAGGUACAUCCAUCCACCAGUUUAUUUAUUAAGAAUGCCUCUGGGGCCUGAGACAUUGUCAGAAAUAUAAGUUACGUUGUAGGAUGCUACUUUGCUUUGCAGCAGGCUAGCUUCACAUUCAUUGUUUUAAAAUUAAAAUCCAGAAGAAAAAAAUAGGGAAGGAAGCUUGGUGGGCAUCAAAAGGCUCCUUGUUGUCCCUGACCAUUACGUUGGGAAUCCAGGAAUUUUAACAAUUGCCCAUGGUGUUUCUGGGGAAUUUGAUCAGUCAAGAGGCUAAGAUAAAACUAAAGCAGCCACAUCCAUACAUCUGAAUGCAUAUUGGUCCUCUACUACUUAUAGACUAAGGUUUUAAUAAUGGGAAAGGUGGAAGGAAAAAGAAGAAGGCAACCUACAGCAAGGGGAACGGAGUCAGUUAUGGUGGCAAUGGGUGCACCAUUGGAAGACUUGAAGGAUCAGGUUAGGGACAGAUUGUCAUGGAGGAAAUCUAUAUGGUUGCUAGGAGCUGACACUGAUUUGAUGGCUCAUAAUCAAAAUAGACUAAGCAGCUGUUCCCCAACCUAUGCUGGGACUCUAACUGAAAGUUCUAUUCCUAAAACACCUGCAACGUAUCAGGUUGGGGAAAACUGUACUAAGCAGUCUGUUCCAUUUUGUUUCAGGCAACGGUUCCAUUUAUGAAAUGAUGUAGGAACAAUACAGUAUAUCAACAUAUUUAUAUUUAACUGUGUGCAGUUCAGAUUGCUGCCUUCUGUAUUGGGAUUUGCUGCAUGAUGAACUUGAGACUGUAGAAAGCACUCCAUUAUGUGAAGUUUUCCCCCAAAUCCUGCUUGACAGGAAGUAUAAACGUGAACUAUUGGAUUCAGCAAAAGUGAUUCACAUGCACAGAAUAACUUGGGCCAGGAGGGGGCGAUUUGUGCUGCAUCAGGACCACAUACAUAUGCCCAAAGAGAUGGUCAGCACUGCCAGUGCUAACCAUCUGCUUGAUAGCUCCAUGAACAACAUGGAGGGUCUAAGUCUUUCAAGCAGGACUUUGUUUUUAGGUAGGAAAAGCCAACUGUGUUCUAUGUUCACUUUCCUAGGAAGGUGUCAUUCCCUUAGUUUAAACAACUGAACCAUUGCUUACACCAUCAAUUUACAGCACAAAUUUAAACAAAAAAUUUUGUCCCUUAACUGAAUCCUGUCAUUACAUCCCUCAACUUAUUGAGUGAAUCAUGUCAUUAGACAUCCCAGAGAUUGUAGUUUUGUGCUAGAUGGACAGGUUUCAUACAGUGAAUUCUUAGUAAUUUUGGCAAACCACCAUUCUCAAUAUUUCCUUGGGGAGAACCAUAACAAUUUCUUAACUUGUCCUAAGUAGGCAUAUAUUUCCACUGCAGAUGUAGUUGUCAAAGAUGAUAACAGUGGAAGCUCUGUAGAGAUUAAUUUUGUUGCCAAGCAACAAAAAAAAACACA